AUGAACGGGGACUUUGUCGGGCAAUGGACGGUUUGGACGGAGACUGGACCAAUUAUUUUGGCUCUUCUGAUAUGGGGCACAGAAUGGGACAUUGAUGAAGGAUCGAUUGAUGGGAUGCUAGAUGAUUGGUGGGCUACAUCCGACGACGGAAACGAGCAAAGAAAGGUUGAGGAACAACGAGAGAAGGAGUCUAAUAAGGGAGGAAUUGCUGUUGAGUGCCAAUGA